GUUGACGGCUUAAGAAGACAGUUCAGAGAGCAGUUAGCAGCAUAUAGAGCUCCAGACUACAUAUACAAGUUUACUGCUUUUGAAGCGAAUCCUGACAAAAACAGAUAUUUGGAUGUGGUUUGUUUGGAUGACACAAGAGUACGGUUAACACUGGAUGUUCCACCCAGUACUGAUUACAUCCAUGCGAAUUGGGUGAAAUUCGAGGGACAUGACAAAAUAUUCAUCGCAACC